AUCUAAAUCUGUAAUGUAUGUAUGGGUCAAUGUUGCCACCUAGUGGGAAAACUGUAUAGUUUUUGUACAGCAAAUGUUAACAGAGUUUCCGGUCAGGUGUCUAGAUUAUUUUCAAUAAGUUUUGGUUACGAUGCUAGAAGGCACAUGUUAUGUAGCUCCUGCCAUCCGUUUGUGUAAGUGUACAAAUGCGUGCAUAUAAAGUGUUCUUAAACACGUUUCGUGGUCAGGUGCUUAUUUAUUAAGUAAAGUUACCACAUAUUUUGGCGACGAGGUGAAUUUUUUUUUUCGCGCGGAGGGAGUGCUGGCAAGAUGACUACUUUCGGGACUGUGGGUGAAUUCGUGGAGGGAACCGAGGAUUGGACAGAGUACGAAGAAAGGUUAGGACACUUUUUCUCUGCAAAUGGAAUUUCUGAUGGAGACAGAAAGCGCUCCAUUCUCUUGAGUGCGUGCGGUGCUAAAACUUACAAGCUAAUACGGAAUUUAGCCACGCCGCGGAAACCGGGAGAGAUUCCUUACGACGACCUCGUCCAACUCGUGGCGAAUCACCACAAUCCGAAACCAUCUGUGAUAGUCCAGCGUUUCAAGUUCCACAGUCACUUCAGGAAGCAAGGUCAGUCUGUGGCUAACUUCGUGGCGGAGCUAAGGCAGUUGUCGGAGCACUGUGAUUUCGGAGCAGUGUUGGAUGACAUGCUUCGGGACAGACUUGUUUGCGGUAUUAAUAAUGAGGCUAUUCAAAGACGGUUGCUGGGAGAGACACCGCCAUUAACCUUCAAGAAGGCUUUUGAUAUUUCUCAGGGUAUGGAAAUGGCUGACAGUAAUGCAAAAGACAUUCAGAGGGGACAUGCGGUUUCACAGGCAGCAACGGUGCAUCAGGUCCGGAAAGAGACUGGUAAACAGCCUAAAAUCGUUGAAUGUUUUCGCUGUGGGGGGAAGCAUUAUGCAAACGAGUGCAAAUUCAAGGAGAGUGUUUGUCAUUCCUGCAAAAAAGUUGGACAUUUAGCUAAACAAUGUAAGACUUCUAAGUUUAAACGCAACCCUGGACAGAAAAGUGCAAAACAGUUUAGGGCAGCAACGAAUCAUUUGGAGAAUCAAGCUGAGGAAUCGGCAUGUGCCUACAAUAUGUAUGGAAUACGAAGUGGUGAUUUUCCUCCUGUACCUUAUUACGCCACUUUGGACGUAAACGGACAAGACAUUACUUUCGAGAUUGAUUCAGGGGCUUCUACAUCAGUCAUUAGUGAAGAUACCUACAAAAGCACUUGGAGGUCAGACCCUCCCACACUUAGACCUACAAAUUUGAACCUCAGGACAUAUACAGGGCAAUCCAUUCCACAUCUGGGGGAGUUGCACGUACACAUGUGUACUGGAGGUCAGAGAGCUGCUGUUAGAUUGGUGGUAGCUAAAGGUAGCGGUCCUAGCCUUUUGGGACGUGAUGUGCUUAGAAAACUUCAGUUAAAUUGGCAAGAAAUUAAAUUUGUACGCACUGUAGAGGACAUUCUGCAGAAAUACUCUGAUGUUUUCCGAGAUGAGCUGGGUACUUUAAAAGGGGUGACAGUAAAAUUGCAUGUUGACCCAAAUGCCACCCCACGAUUUUUCAAACCAAGGUCAGUGCCCUAUGCAAUGAAAAGCAAAGUGGAAGAAGAGCUAGAGAGGUUGCAGAGACUGGGCAUUAUAGAAACGGUACAAUUUUCCAAGUGGGCAGCACCUAUUGUUCCAGUUUUAAAACCAGACAAAACUGUGAGAAUAUGUGGGGAUUAUAAACUCACUGUAAAUCAAGUCUCAACCUUGGAUGAAUACCCACUGCCAAGAGUGGAAGACCUGUUUGCUACCCUGGCUGGAGUAUCGUCUCACGCCACAAUCCACUACAGCACGCUCACCAGCCGAGAUGCUCAUGGGACGCAGGCCCAAAUCAAGGUUGGAUUUGCUGCGCCCUAACAUGGAAGCAAGGGUGGAGAGAAAACAAGAAAAGCAAAAGGAGAAAUUCAACCAGCAAGCACAUAAGAGAGAAUUUAAACCAGAGGAUAAAGUCUAUGUGAGGGAUUUCAGUAAAACAAGCAGUCAGAAAUGGUUAUCAGGGACUGUAUUAAAACCAAGUGGUCCGGUCUCAUAUGUUGUGCAGCUAGCGGAUGGACGUGUAGUACGCAGACAUGUGGAUCACGUGAGGACACAACAUGAUUACGAUGCGAGUACUGAAAAUCUCUGUGAUACAAACUUGCCAUCUCUAAGUCAUUUCCCAGGAAGUGAAAAUGAUCCUGAGACGGAGCCAGAGAGAGCUUCGCACACCGAGAUGUCUGUGUCCCUUGCAGAAGUGGAGACACCAAUUAAUGUUGGACCCAUACCAGUAGAUUCUUCCAAAACCGCUGAACUAAUUAUAACCGAAGUUUCACCAAGAGUUGUGCGCAGAUCACAGCGUCCUCGCAAACCUCCUAAUAGAUUAAACCUUUAAGAAAGAGGUGCAGUUAUAAUGCACCUAAGUUCUGGAAGAAGAUAUAGUUAGUUAAUGCAAGAGAUUUAACAUUGUUAAUAUGGUUUCUAUGUAUUUAGAGAAAACAAGUAACCUGGAAAAUGUGAAGCAGUUGUAAACUUAAAGGGGGAGGGAUGUUGUAAUCUAAAUCUGUAAUGUAUGUAUGGGUCAAUGUUGCCACCUAGUGGGAAAACUGUAUAGUUUUUGUACAGCAAAUGUUAACAGAGUUUCCGGUCAGGUGUCUAGAUUAUUUUCAAUAAGUUUUGGUUACGAUGCUAGAAGGCACAUGUUAUGUAGCUCCUGCCAUCCGUUUGUGUAAGUGUACAAAUGCGUGCAUAUAAAGUGUUCUUAAACACG